AUGGCAUCAAACUGCGGCCUUUUCGCCGGGCCGGGCGCUGGAGGCCUCGCAGCCCGCACCGGGUGCCCGGAGAUCCUCCGUGCGGCCCCCAACACCCAAAACCCACCCGGCUCCAGCCACCAGGCCCGGGGCCGCAGCACCAGCCCCCCUCCCCCCUCUUCCGCCCCCGGCCGCCCCCCGAGCCCCGCGGAGCGCCCAACCUCCGCGCCGGAGGAAGGCCGAGUCAGCACCCAGAGACCGGAAGUCAAAGGGGAAAAAGCGGAAGUCAGCAGGGGAACAGCGGAAGUCGGCUGGGGAAAAAGCGGAAGUCAGCAGGAGAAAAAACGGAGACGGCGUGGAGAGAACGGAAGCAGUGGGGAACUUGGGGACUUUGCCGUUUCCUUCCUCUUUUUCCUCAAAUCACAUGUAAGCUGUCACUGCUGUCACCUCAGUGCGAGUGCAUGGGGACGGCGAGGAGCACAGCGCUGCUGCUGUGGGCUCAGCUUCUCAGCCUCGUUGUUCGUGGGGCAGAGUGUGAAGCUGACCUGCGGGGAGCCCAGCGUGAGCAGCUCCAGCACCUGGUACGUGAAUGGGCAGCGGUGGAAGGAAACGUCAUCAAACCACCACCAAGUGGAGCUGAGUGGCAAAGGGAAAUACAGCUUCCAGUGCCGGACCCGAGGCUCUGAGCUCAGCCCUGCUGUUGACCUGACAGCCUCUAAUGACUGGCUGGUGCUGCAGGUGCCAACACAGGCAGUGAUGGAGGGGGACUCGCUGUCCCUGCGCUGCAGCGCCUGGAAAGACAAAAAGCUCAGCCAGGUGAAGUUCUUCCAUGACAGGAAGCUGCUGCAGGACAGACGUGGGGACGAACUGCUGCUGUCCCCAGCAGAGCAGCAGCACAGCGGCAGCUAUCACUGCUCAGCCUACGUGUAUUCCUUCAUCACAAGACGGGUAUCUGCCCAAACUGACCUCGUGGUGCAAGAGCUCUUCUCAGUGCCGGAGCUGAGCCUGCAGGGUCCCCAGGAGCCCCCCGAGGGCAGCGCCCUGACUCUGCUCUGCUCCACCCACGCCAACGCGCUGCGGCCCCACGUCUCCCUGCAGCACCUCUUCUACCAGGAUGGGCAGCUGGUGGGGGGGCCGCAAUCGGCCCCCCAGCACCAGAUGCCGGCGCUGCUGCCAUCCCACUCGGGGUCCUACAGCUGCCAGGUGCAGACAGAGACGGGCAGCGUGCGGAAACACAGCGCCCCCAUCACCAUCACUGUGAGAAGGAUUCCCGUGGCCGGGGUUUCCCUGCGCUCCGAUCCCCCCGAUGCUCAGGUUCUGUUGGGUGACCGCGUGCUGCUGAGCUGUGCGGUGUCCGUGGGCUCCGGGCCGCUCUCCUUCUCCUGGCACCGGCAGAACCGCACGGGAGCGCUGGGCUCGGGGCCGCUCUACGAGCUGCGGAUGGCGCAGCUGGAGGACGACGACCGCUACCACUGCACGGCCAGCAACGGCAUCAGCACGGCCAGCAGCCCGCAGCUGCGCCUCGCCGUCACACUGCCGGUGUCCAACGCCAGCAUCGCGGUGCUGGGGACGGAGGUGGGAGCAGAGCUGGAGCGGAUGGCGGGCGAGGAGCUGAACCUGAGCUGCAGGGUGGGGGCGGGGACGGGGCCGGUGGGCUUCGUGUGGCUGCGGGACGGGCAGGAGCUGAGCAGGGGCCCCACGUGGCACCUUGGGGUGCUGGGGCCGCAACACGCGGGCACCUAUCAGUGCGUGGCCGCCAACAGCCUGGGGACCCGGCGCGUCUUCAGGGCCCGCAGCCCCGAGGUUCUCCUGGUGGUGACGCGGCAGGGAUGGGGACGGCGGCGGGCGCAAGUCCUGGCUGCAGGGCUCCCCGCGUCCCUCCUGGUGCUGCUGGCCGUCGCUGCUGCGCUCGGACGGCACUUCUGGCGGCGGCGGCGCGGCG